CGGAAGUGAACCGCGCUUGUCUGUGGAAGUACAUGUGAGUUUAUUUAGCUGGACAAUUUCCAUGUGGUUCUGAUUCAAAGCUAAUCUGUAGCUAGUACUGUCCUGUAAAAAUGGGCAAAAAGGGUAAAAAAGAGCAAAAGAAAGUGAAAGGAGCAGAGAAGACCGCAGCCAAAAUGGAUAAAAAGAUUUCAAAGCGGUCUAAACGAGAAGAGGAGGACCUGGCUGCGCUGAUAGCUGAGUUUCAGUCCUUGGAUGCAAAGAAGACAACAGUUGUGGAGACCGCCUGCCCGCCCCCCUCACCCAGGUUGAACGCCUCACUGUCAGCACACCCCGACAAGGAUGAGCUGAUCUUGUUUGGAGGCGAGUUCUUCAAUGGCAAAAAGACGUACCUCUACAAUGACCUGUUCUUCUAUAACAUAAAGAAGAACACCUGGGUGAAGUCAGACAUCCCCAACCCUCCUCCACGACGCUGUGCUCACCAGGCGGUGGUAGUUCCCCAGGCAGGGGGGCAGCUGUGGUUGUUUGGAGGGGAGUUUGCGUCUCCUGACGGGGAGCAGUUCUACCACUAUAAAGACCUCUGGGUUCUUCACCUCUCCACAAACACCUGGGAGCAGAUCAAGGUUCCAGGUGCCCCCUCUGGUAGGAGUGGACAUCGUAUGGUCCUGAGUAAGAGGCAGUUGCUGGUGUUCGGAGGCUUCCACGAAAGUGCUAGGGAUUUUCUCUACUACAACGAUGUACACGCCUUCAGUCUGGACUCCUUCACCUGGAGUCGCCUCUCCCCCUCCGGUACUGGCCCCUCCCCUCGCUCAGCCUGCCAGAUGACCUCUACCCCCGAUGGCUCCGGGGUCAUCAUCUACGGAGGAUACUCCAAAGUGAAAGCUAAGAAAGAUGUGGAAAAGGGAACCAUCCACUCUGACAUGUUUCUCCUCAAGAGAGAUGGCAAAGAAGAACAAGAGAAGUGGUUGUGGUCCCGGGUGAGUCCCUCAGGCUCCAAGCCACCCGCCCGGUCGGGCUUCUCCCUGGCUGUGGGGCCCACGGGCCGGGCGCUGCUCUUCGGAGGGGUGUGUGACGAGGAGGAAGAUGAGACUCUGGAGGGGGACUUCUACAACGACCUUUACCUGUAUGACAUCAACAAGCACCGCUGGUUCCCUGCUCAGCUCAAGGGCUGUAAGUCGGAGAAGAAGAAGCGUCGACGAGGGAAGAAGGGAGAGGAGACAGGGGAGGGGUCAGGGGAGGGUCAGGAGGAGGAAGGAGCAGCAGCACAGGGACCUGUGGAGGUCAUCAAGGAGAUUGUCACUGAAGACGGAACAGUCAUGACCAUCAAGGAAAUAAUCCCCGGGACACAGGUGGAGGAAGAGAGUGAGGAAGAGGAGGAAGGUGAGGAAGGUGCCUCGGCCAUCCUUGUCGAGCCCUGUGCUCGCUCCAGUGCCAUGGCAACAGUGAAAUAUGGGAAGCUGUAUUUGUACGGGGGCAUGUUUGAGGUGGGUGACCGCCAGUUCACCCUCAACGACCUGUACUGUCUGGACCUCCACAAGAUGGACCAGUGGGAGGUGCUGGUCGAGAUGGACACCAAGACCCAAGAGUGGCUGGAUGACUGGUCUGACUCAGAGGACGAUGAGGAGGGGGAUGAAGAGGAGGCUAAAGGAGGUGAUGACGAAGAGGAGGAAUCUGAAGAAGAAAGUGACGAACAGGAUGAGGAGGAUCACCCCCCAGUGCAGCCAGGUGAGGCGCUGGAAGACUUCCAGAGCCGUACAGAGCAAUACUGGGUAGGCCAGGCCCGGGCCAACAUGGGCCCAGAGGCUAAGGACACGAAGGUGCAGAAAGUGGGCAUAGCCAUGGCCAAGGUGUUCUAUGAAGACCAGCAGUGAGCCAGGGUGUAUGUGAAUCCGCCUUCUGUGUGUGUGUGUGUGUGUGUGUGUGUGUGUGUGUGUGUGUGUGUGUGUGUGUGUGUGUGUGUGUGUGUGUGUGUGUGGGACAGGUGGAGGGUGAUAGUUUGUCAUAGGGAAGAAUGAGGGUACUCAUCAGUGUUUCCCAACUCCAGUCCUCAAGUACCCCCCCCCCCCUAACAGCACACAUUUGUAUUGUAGCCACGGACAAGCACACCUGAUUCAACUUAUCAACUAAUCAUCAAGACCUCAAUGAGUUGAAUCAGGUUAGUUUGUUUGGGGCUACAACAAAAAUGUACGCGGUUGGGGGUACUCAAGGACUGGAGUUGGGAACCACUGAUGAGUAUCCGCAUUCUUCCCUAUGACACAUUGUUAGAGUUGGAAAAUACUUCUUUAAACUGAAGAGGCCAAUUAAAUAAUCUCUCUGCUUGGUGAACAUUUUCUGCCCUCAUAACCACCCAUGCCUUUGUACAGUAGGCCUAACUGUGCAUGAAAAUAUGCUGCUGUUUUGGCAGUUGGACUACACUGCAGUAUGUAUACUGUAUCGUAUUUGGAAUUAGUUUCUAGUUUCAUAUCUUCAAGAAGAUGGUAAGAAAAUCCUUGUCAUUGCUCACCCCCUUUGAUUAUUGUUUUCCAAACCAAUUUGUCAUUAAACAUCCAACCAUAAUA